AUGGCGAAUGUGAUUAUCAACGAAUUCCUAACAUUUGUCCAAAAUAAGAUUGAUGUGUUAGACGAACUGAGUAUAGUGCAAAUAUGUGCCACCAACUUCACGGAGGCGGAGAUAUUCGAGGGUAAGAACGUGCUAUAUACUGCAUGUGGAGGAGGAUUCAAAAAUGUGCUUAGAAAAGGCGAUGACAAAAAGAAGAAGAAUGUGACGGAUGUGAUGAAGUUGCUGAAAGAGAUUGACCCUGAUGCACAGCCGACUUUUGUCGCUAAGGAUCUAAACAGGUUACCACCUGUAACUUUUGAUUAUGUGGAUGUUACUCGUCUACUAAAAGACAUGACUGUGAUUAAGUCAGAACUGACAAAUUUUCAAUUGAAAAUGACCGACGAAAUGACUGAUCUACGUAAUUCAUUGGACGCGCAUGCCAGCAAGGAUCGUUCUGAAAGUAUGAUGACAAUCACUCCCAAGAGGCUAUUAACAAAACAAUCGCUUCCGCCUAUGAAUCAGUCUGCAGCGAUCCCCGACGGCUCGCACGAAGCGGUGCAUACACCAACGUACCGUGAUAUUGUACUUGACCAGUCUCGGAGUAAGCGCCCGCGCCGAGCGAAACCCGUCCGUAUGCUGACUGACAUAACGGGUGUGAAUGGCGUUACUAAAACGACUAGCGCUCGCCCAUCUAGCGGCAUGGGAUCUGCUGGUGCCUCGCAAAUAUCGCGAGAGAUUGUGACUACUCAACUACCCUCGAAUGCUAACGAUGACUCGUAUACAAUGGUUAAUCGCACUAAACGUAAAGCGAAAACCUCAAAUAUGCGCGGCACACUUGAAUCUAGUACUCAUAUAGAGGUCGCCGAACCACAGUGUCAUGUAUACGUUUCUCGCACAAAGAAAACCGUGACGGUUGAAGACAUGAAGGAACAUAUACGAGAAAGGGGACAGGAAUGUAUGUCGAUCGAGCUGUUAAAGGCGUAUAAUGAAACUUCCUUUAACUCGUUUAAAGUCACAGUGCGAAGUGGCCAGCUGGAUGUCUUCCUUGAUGCUGGAUUCUGGCCUGCUGGCUUAGUUUACCGCCGUUACCGGGAGCGUUACGUACGUAAUGAUACUAAACAAACUCGUAAUGGUUAG